GUUUCAGUCGAAGUGAGAACCUUACUUCACAUCAAAGAAUCCACACAGGGGAGAAACCAUAUAAAUGUAUGUAGUGUGGAAAGAGUUUCAGUCAUAGUGGAAGCCUUCGUUUGCAUCAAAGAACCCACACAGGAGAGAAACCAUAUAGAUGUAUGGAGUGUGGUAAGAGUUUCUGUCAAAGUGGCAGCCUUACUUCACACCAAAGAACCCACACAGGAGAGAUACCAUAUAGAUGUGUGGAGUGUGGAAAGAGUUUCAGUCGAAGUCACAAGCUUACUUCACAUCAAACAACCCACACAGGAGAGGAAAAGUACCAAUGCACUGAGUGUGGAAAGAGUUUCAGUCGAAGUGAGAGCCUUACUUCACACCAAAGAAUCCACACGGAAGAAACCAUAUAAAUGUAUGGAAUGUGGAAAGAGUUUCAGUCAGCACGGAAGCCUUAGUUUGCAUAAAAGAACCCACACAGGGGAGAAACCAUAUAGAUGUAUGGAGUGUGGUAAGAGUUUCAGUCGAAGUGACAGCCUUACUUCACACCAAAGAACCCACACAGGAGAGAUACCAUAUAGAUGUGUGGAGUGUGGAAAGAGUUUCAGUCGAAGUCACAACCUUACUUCACGUCAAACAACCCACACAGGAGAGAAACAGUACCAAAGCACUGAGUGUGGAAAGAGUUUCAAUCGCAAUGACAACCUUACUUCUCAUCAAAAAAUCCACACGGGAGAAACCAUAUAAAUGCAUGCUGUGUGGAAAGAGUUUGAGUCAUGAGGGAAACUUUAUUGUACAUCAAAGAAUCCACACAGGAGAAAAAGCAUAUAGCUGUAUGGAUUGUGGAAAUAGCUUUAGUCAUAGAAGAAGCCUUACUUUACAUAAAAGAACCCACACAGGAGAGAAACCAUAUACAUGUAUGAUAGAAAAUAUAUAAAUGUACAUAAAAGAACCCACACAGGUGAAAAAGCAUAUAGAUGCAUGGUGUGCGGAAGGAGUUUCAUUUUGAGUAGUAGUCUUGCUUUACAUUGAAGAAUUCAUAUAGGAGAAAAUCCAUAUCAAUGCAUGGAGUGGGGUAAAAGUUUCAGUCAGAGUGGACACCUUACUUCACACCAAAGAACCCAUACAGGGGAGAAACCAUAUGAAUGGAGUGUGGAAAGAGUUUCAGUGAAAAUGGAAGCCUUAGUUUACAUAAAAGAACCCACACGGGAGAAAUAUAAAUGUGUGGAGUGUGGAUAUUUCUUCAAUUGCAGUGGAAGCCUUAGCUGACACAAAAUAAUCCACAUGGGGGAGACACCACACACAUGUUUGGAGUGUGGAAACAGUUUCCGUUACAGGGUAAACCUUACUUCACAUCAAAGAAUGCACAUAGGAGAGAACCCAUAUCGGAGUAUCGAGUGUGGAAAAUGCUUCAAUCGCAGUGGACACCUUGCUUUACAUCAAGGUGUUGACCCAUAGGCAAUACUACCUCUGGUUAUUUUCCAUCAAGCCUGAAAGCCUGGAGCAUGAGUUAAGUUUCUUGAAGGUCCUUGGAGAGCCUUGGCAGAGGCCUGGCACGGCCUCAAGGCCAACCACCUGCUGCUACCAAGGCAACCGGUCAGAUAAAGGCUGGAGAAGCUUUUGCCAGCUUUCUGUGGGGGUUUGAGUUCUGUGGGGGUUUGAUUUCUGUGAGAAGAAGCGGCUUUCUGUGGAGUUCUGUUACUGAGUGUUUUUUAUUGCUA